GGAGGUAGUGUGGGUUUGGUUACAAGGAAAAUCCAGCCAUCAGUUGCACCUCACCUCUUGAGCUGCAGUCUUGAGCUGCAGAGUCCAUCACCGCAAUGAGGCGCGUAGCGGGAAAACACUUGUUGUGCCUUCUGCUGAUCGCCUUCCCUCUGGCCUGGGCAGUGUACACGAAGAAAGACGCCAGGACGACUGAAAACGACACAGUUUGGGGCCAGGGAAAAAACAGACGGCUGUUUGCAAGAAGAAAGCUCAUUCUACAACAGGAAAGACAUGUUCCUCAGAGGCUGCACACGGCCCUCCUGACCCCUCCCCGUCGUUGCAGUCGUCUGAUGGAGAGCUGCUCCAGUCGGACCCUCUGCUGUGACCCCUGUGCCUCCUGUCGCUGCCGCCUCUUCAACACCAUCUGCCACUGUUGGAGGACCAACCCCCUGUGCCUAAAGAGGACUUAGAUGGGCCUAUAGCCCAAUGUGAGGCCCAGAACACUACUGUACACUUUAUCAACUUAAUCUUUAUCACACAGGAGGGUUAAUACAAGCCAGUAAAACAUCUGGAAAUCCAAGUAACAGUAAUAUGGACUGGUAUAUGUAAUUUUCAUAAUACAUUUUCCUUAUGUAAUUUCAACAUGAAAACUAAAUAAUGCAUCAUUUGGAAAAAAAAAACAUGCUAAUAUUAUUACUUCACAUGUUUGCAUGUGAGGAUUGUUUUCACACAAGGCGAUCACAUUUAUCUUAAUUAGUAAAGAAAGCACCACUGUUUUUAUCUUUGUAAGGUGGACAGGGUAAGUAAAUCUAAAGUAAAUAUGUGAAACAACACUCGCACGCACGCACACACAUAUAAUUUGACCAAUAAUAUACAUCUGGUUUUUGUCCUUAAUUUAGAUGCGUGUGAUACUCAAUGUAUUUUAACAUCAGCAGUUUAAUGUGAUAUGUAUUAUAAUCCUAUUAA